CCCGCCAUUUUCUCUACUCAUCUCUCAAGCUUUCGCUGCGCUCAUCUUGAUUCUGUUUUUCCUUUCUCAAUUCCUUGGAACUGAAUGCUAACGCUUCGUCCAUCUCAUCUCCUUCGCUCUACUUGUCUUUCUCGUCCCUUCAGCCUUCUCAUUCCUCCCACUUUCUUUCGCCCCAAAUCCCUUUCUCUUUCCUCCUUAAACCCCUACUUCAACAUGUCUUCUCGCCCCUCCGCCUUCGAUGCUCUCAUGUCCGGAGCUCGCCGUUUGGCGGGCAAGAAGAGCCCUUCCUCUGCUUCUUCGCCCGCCAAGAAACGCAAGUCUCCGUCGCCCACACCAAACCCUAAUCCUACCAAAACCAUCGAUGACUCAACUGAAGUCAAACCCGAACCAGAAAUCCCCAGUGAUGGAAUUGAAAAACCCAUUAGUGAUUCCCUCAAACCCAAUUUAGUUGAGACAGAAAAACUCCCGGAUUCGAAGAAGACGAAGGCGGCUGGCAGUGUCUCCGAGAGAAAUGCGGAGUUGAAGGGGAAAAUUGGGUUAUUGAAGAAGAAGCCGGCGGAUUUUGAUCCAACAAUGGUGGCGUAUUGGGAGAAAGGAGAGAGAGUGCCGUUUUUGUUUCUAAGCAUGGCGUUUGAUUUGAUAUCGAAUGAGAAGGGUCGGAUUGUCAUAACCGAUAUUGUUUGUAAUAUGUUGAGGACUGUUAUUGAUUUCACACCGGAUGAUUUGGUGGCGACGGUUUACUUGGCAGCAAAUAAGAUUGCUCCGGCGCAUGAGGGGUUAGAGCUGGGCAUCGGAGAUGCCUCCAUUAUCAAGGCCCUUGCUGAGGCCUGUGGGAGAACUGAACCACAGAUCAAGAGUGCGUACAAGCAAAAAGGAGACCUGGGCCUUGUUGCACAAGCUAGUCGUUCAUCUCAAUCAAUGAUGCGCAAGCCUGAUCCAUUAACUGUUGUUAAAGUGUUUGAUUCCUUUAGGCUAAUUGCAAAGGAAUCUGGAAAGGAUAGUCAGGAAAAGAAAAAGAAUCGUAUCAAGGCACUUCUUGUUGCCGCAACUGACUGUGAACCUCUAUUCUUGAUUCGUCUGCUUCAGACAAAAUUGCGGAUUGGAUUUUCAGAGCAGACUCUGUUAGCUGCAUUAGGACAGGCUGCUGUAUAUAAUGAAAUACAUUCUAGACCGCCUCCAAACAUUCAAUCUCCAUUAGAGGAGGCUGCUAAGAUUGCCAAACAAGUUUUUUCUAUCCUUCCGGUGUAUGAUAAAAUAGUCCCUGCACUUUUGACUGGCGGUGUAUGGGAUCUUCCAAGGACUUGUAGCUUUACACCGGGUGUCCCUGUUGGACCUAUGCUAGCAAAACCUACCAAAGGUGUUGCUGAGAUUGUAAAUAAAUUCCAGGAUAUUGACUUUGUAUGUGAAUAUAAAUAUGAUGGGGAACGUGCACAGAUUCACUAUAUGGAGAAUGGUUCAGUUGAGAUAUAUAGUCGAAAUGCUGAGCGGAACACUGGAAAGUUUCCUGAUGUUGUUUCUGCAAUUUCUAGAUUCAAGAAGUCCUCUGUAAAAUCAUUUGUUUUGGAUUGUGAGCUUGUUGCUUAUGAUCGAGUUCAAAAGAAAAUUUUACCCUUUCAGAUCCUUAGUACAAGAGCACGGAAAAAUGUGGUAGUGAGUGAAAUCAAAGUUGAUGUGUGCAUAUUUGCUUUUGAUGUCUUAUAUCUUAACGGGCAAUCACUUCUUCAUGAACAACUUAAAGUUCGUAAAGAGAGGCUUUAUGAUUCAUUUGAGGAAGAGGCAGGAUUUUUUCAGUUUGCAACAGCCAUAACAUCCAAUGAUCUUGAGGAGAUUCAAAAAUUCCUUGAUGCUGCUGUUUCUUCAAGUUGUGAGGGUUUAAUUAUCAAAACAUUGGAUAGAGAUGCUACGUACGAGCCAUCAAAGCGGUCACUCAACUGGCUAAAAUUGAAGAAAGACUACAUGGAAAGUGUCGGAGACACUUUAGAUCUAGUACCUAUUGCGGCUUUCCACGGCCGCGGGAAACGGACUGGCAUCUAUGGUGCCUUUCUCUUGGCAUGUUAUGAUGAGACUAGUGAAGAAUUCCAGAGCAUCUGUAAAAUUGGUACAGGAUUUUCUGAAGCACAGCUUGAAGAACGUUCUUCAAGUCUUCGUUCUAAAGUGAUUCCUGAACCAAAGUCAUACUAUUGUUGCGACAUAAAGCCAGAUGUAUGGCUUGAGACUUCAGAGGUUUGGGAGGUAAAAGCGGCAGACUUGACCAUUAGCCCUGUCUAUUCUGCUGCAAUUGGGAUUGUGGAUCCUGCUAAGGGUAUAUCUCUCCGGUUUCCCCGUUUAGUCCGCGUUCGAGAAGAUAAGACACCAGAGCAAGCUACAUCAUCCGAGCAGGUCGCUGAGAUGUAUAAUGCUCAAAAACACAAUCAAACUAAUAAUGAAGAUGAUGGUGAGGAUGAUUGAGGAAUUCUGAUAAGUGUCUCAAUAUUUUUCCUCCCCAGGUAGGUGAAUAGCAAUAAUUUUGUGUGUGAAGGGGACUCGUAGUCUCCAGUUUCCAAACCUUGCAAUGUAAAUACAUAUACUCUUCUGCAACCAA